UCCAAGAAGUUUUGAUAACAGAUUUCACAUACAACUCAUUCCUUGCCAGUGAAAAUGUUCAAACUUCUCUUUCUUUUUGCUGUCCUGAUAUCAAGCAGCAAUGCUGCUGUACAAGAUUUUUGUGUAGCAGACUUAAAAGGACCAGAAUCCCCUGCAGGCUAUUCUUGCAAAAAUGCUACAAAAGUCACAGUAAACGAUUUCGUUUUCUCUGGCCUAAGUGCAGCAGGAAACACCUCAAAUAUAAUCAAAGCAUCAGUAACGCCAGCAUUUGCAGCUCAAUUCCCUGGCCUAAACGGGCUCGGUCUCUCUGCCGCACGUCUCGACUUAGCCCCUGGUGGUGUAGUGCCAUUUCACACUCGCCCUGGUGCUUCUGAAGUCUUGCUCGUCGUUCAGGGAUCGAUUACUGCGGCUUUUGUUUCCUCAGCAAAUACUGUUUACUUAAAGACGCUAAAGAAAGGUGAACUAAUGGUAUUUCCACAAGGUUUGUUGCAUUUUCAAGUGAAUGCAGCUGGUUAUACUUCUGUAGCUUAUGUGUUCUUUAGCAGUUCCAGUCCUGGCCUUCAAAUCACUGAUUUCGCGUUGUUUGCCAACGAUUUGUCUACUAAGUUGGUUGAGGCUACGACAUUUGUUGAUGAAGCUCAAAUCAAGAAGCUUAAGGGUGUUCUUGGAGGCACUGGCUAAUACUUAAUUUUGCCUGUUAAAUUGAUCUAGCUAACAAUGUGCUAGCAUGUAAUGUGUUAGUUAUUUCUUUUUAUUCAAAGUUGUCAUUUUUGCUUCUUUGUUUUGGCAAGCCUUGGCAACUAAUAAUUGUCUUUCGAUGAUUCUUUCUCUCAAUGCCAUGUUAUUGUGAGCUUAAUUAGUCCUUUCUUUUUUCAGCUAUGGAUUUUAACUUCAGUAA